AUGGAAGCUGUGUGCCGAGGCUUCGCUGCCGUGCUGAAGCCGCAGCUGGGGCAGGUGCUCCGAAACCGUGGCGAGCUGGCGGAGGCCGAGGCGGUGUGGCGCCGAGUCUUGGAGGCCCGAGAGGCGAAGUGGGGAGCGAAGGACGAAGAGACCUUGGUGACGUUCAACAAUCUAGCGGCCGUCCUGUAUCACCAGGGCAAGUAUGAGGAGGCCGAGCCGCUUUAUCGCAGAGCUUUGGAAGGAAGUGUGGUUCCCGAAGUCUUCACGCAGCUCAACAAUUUAGCGUUUCUGCUGCAUGAACAGGGCAAGUAUGAGGAGUCUGAAGCGCUUUGUCGCAGAGCGCUAGAAGGACGCGAGGCUUAUUUUGGAGCCCGGCACCCCCUGACCCUCAUGUCUACCACCAACUUGGGGGCGCUGCUGUGUGAUCAAGGAAAACUGGACGAGUCGGAGGUGCUCUUGCACCGAGCGGUGGAAGGUGAGGAAGCCCAGCAGGGCAGCCAUCAUCCCGAGACGCUCCGCUCGGUCUUCCGCCUGGCCCGCCUCCGCGUUGCUCAAGGGCGGUUGGAGGAGGGCGAGGUGCACUUCCGCCGGGCGAUGGAAGGCUUUGAAACCCAGUUGGGAGUCAGACAUCAGUGGACACUCGACGCAAUCUCGGGUCUUGCGAAGCUCUUGGAGGCGAAAGGUUCCGAGGAGGCACACAAGCUCUACCAACGGCAGUUGGACGCCUUGAAGGAGUUGCAUGGCCCUGACCAUGCACAGACCUGCGAAUGCCGUGAACGCCUGGAACACCUGCGUGGAAACAAGCGACAAGAAGAUCCAACAGCUGAGGCCAUGAUGCCAGAUUCAGCUGAUCAGUGA